GAAUGCGUGUGACGUCACCGCUGGGGUGGGGGGAAGAGGAAUCAACAGAGAAGUUCAAAUGGAGGAGCCGUUGAGGUGACUUCUACUUGAUCAAGAUCUAAACUAUGAAGCAGACCUCUUCCAAAGGAAACGCACAGACUGCUGCUGAUACAGCCUGUAGAAACAUAUCCAUUAAAUUAUCUGAGCAGCAAAAGGAAACAAGCCAAAUUAAUUUUCUCCAGCUAUUCCCACUAGAAGUCAGCUUAAAGAUUUUUAGCGAACUUGACAUCCAGAGUUUAUGCAGUGCUUCAAUGACAUGUAGGAGCUGGAACCAGAUCAUUGAGAACUGUGACAAUUUAUGGAAACAUCAUUGCUUAAAUGCCAGGACUGUCUGUCAGAGAGAGAUUGACGGUGACAGAGGAAACGGGUAUUCAUGGAAGGUCACACUGCUAAGAAACUAUUGGAAAAGCAAAGUAAAGUACGAUUGGCUGACUGGGAAAUACAGCAAUAUUCAUUCCCGCAGUGGUUUGCCUGAAAAAAGCAUGUAUCCUAUGGAUGUUGAUACUUGGGGAGAAAUCCUGGAAGCUGAACUAGAAAGAAAAGUGGCUCAAAUAAGAGUCUUUCACCGAAGGAACUAGAGAUAAUUCUCACCUGUAAAAAUAUUGUCCUAUAUAUGUGUGUGUUUGUUUUUUUUUAAUGUUAUUUGGGGCAGCUUGACAUAUUGUUGUUUUGCACUUACUAAACUGCCAGGAUGUUAUUGCCUUUUAUGAAGCUUGAAACAGUGUGUGUAGGUAUAUGUCAGUAUGCAUGCAUGAAUCUCACAGGGAGCACUUUGCAAUUAUUGCUGACUACUUUUUAAAGACUAUUUUCUUUCUUUUUGAUAUGUUAUGGGAAGAAGUUUUAAGAAAAGCUUUGAAUAGCAUAGCCAGCAUGUGUGUGUGUGUUUCUCAAAAGGUGCUCCUCCGGGUGUUUUAUUUAUUUUAUUUUUAUUUAUUUUGAGUAUUUUUAUCCCACUCUUCUCAACUCCCUGGGGGGAGUCAGAAACAAUAAUUAUAUAUAGUUAAAAACAUUAAGUCAAUACAAUUAAAAUCUACUAAAAUAUACCAGUCUGAUGGCCAUUAUCCAGCCGAAUUCUGUAGUUGGAGACUCAUCAAGCUUGUCCAUAGUCUAUUACUAUAGCAAUUGUUGUCAUAAUCAUUAUCAUAGUCUGUAUAGUUACCCAAAGGCCUGGUCCCACAUCCACAUUUUUAACUUCUUUCUAAAGGUGAGGAGGGAUGAAGACAGUCUAAUUUUCCCAGGGAGUGAAUUCCACAGGCAAGGGGCCAUGACUGAGAAGGCCUUGUCCCUCAUCCCCGUCAAGCGCAUUUGUGAUAGAGACAGGGCCGAGAGCAGGGCCUCCCCAGGAGAUCUUAAGCUUUUGGACUUCAGCUCCCAGAAAUCCCAGCCAGCUGUUAGGAAUUGUGGGAGCAGAGCUCCAAAACAUCUGGAGGAGCAGAGUUUGAGAAACACUGGUAUAAAGCAUUAAUAAUUAAUUCAUGAGAAGGCUUUUAGCAUAGAAUUUGGAAUGACAGAGAAAUAAAGAAUUCACUGUUUCCCUCUAA